AUGGCGAAAGAAAAGCAACAUGAUCAAUCCAUGGAAAUUCCUCUGUAUUUCAGGUGCCCCAUUUCAAUGGAAAUCAUGAAAGACCCAGUUACCAUCUCCACCGGCGUCACCUAUGAAAGGAAGAACAUCGAGACAUGGUUCUUCAAGUACAACAAGAAGACCUGCCCGGCUACGAUGCAAUGCAUUCAGAGCUUCGACCUCACCCCAAACCUCACGUUAAAGAGCCUCAUCCUCGCAUGGCAGGAUCGUGAGUCUCAGUUUCGUCUGUCGUCGUCUCCCAUCUCGACCAAGCACACCGAGUUGGUAUCUCUACUCACCACAAUGGAGUCCACGCCAUUCAAGGUGAGUUCACUAAAGAAACUCAGAGCAAUUAUCGAAUUCAACGACGACGCCGUGAUGGGUGAUUUUGUUCAAUCAGGAGGGGUCGAUGUGCUUAGUCGCAUUAUUGUCCAGAUUCUAGUCGACAGCUCCGAUUUCAUGGCAUUCCGAGCUUGCGAGGAAGCUCUGGGUGUUCUGCACCAACUCCCAUUAUCCGAUGAAUCAUCGAUUCAAUUGUUAUCGAAGCCGGAAUGCAUGAAAUCCAUGGCAAUUAUGCUUCAACGUGGAAGUGCCGAGGCCAGAUUGCACACAGUCUCCAUGUUCAGAAAGAUGGCCAAAGUCGAGUACAAUUGGAGUUGGGUUGUGGAAGAUCAGGGUAUGGAUCUGUUUAAGUCUCUGUUAGAGCUCUUAUCGGAUGAGCUCAGCACCAAGGCGAGCUCAUCCGCAUUGGAUAUUCUGAUCGAGAUAUUGAAUGCAUCAAAAAAGAAUAGAUUGAAGGCCAUUGAAGCAGGCGCUGUCUGCGUCCUGAUCGAGCUUCUCCCUGAUGCAAACCGAUCCAAAUGCGAAAAGAUGUUGGUGAUCAUCAAAUUGCUAUGUGAAUGUGCUGAGGGGAGACUGGCCUUGGUCGAGCAUAGCUUGGGGAUCGCUGCAAUCACUAAGAAGAUAUUGCGGGUCUCCGAUCUUGUAACCAAAUAUGGAGUGAAGAUUUUCUGGUUGAUUUGCAAUUUCCAUCCCACAGAAAAGGUAGUAGAGGAGAUGUUGGUUUAUGGGUCGGUGAAGAAACUUGUGGCGCUGCUGCACAUGGACGGCCGCUCCUCGACCAAGGAUAAGGCAUUGAAGAUCAUCAAGCUGCAUGAGAAUUCAUGGAGGCAAUACCCCUGUUUCCCUUCUGAGUUGAAGGAAUAUUUGAAAUUGUUGAAUGAUUCAAAGUAA